CGCGCGAGCCUCAACUCAUCCUCAUGUGGGUGUCAUAGGCAGAGACAUGUUUAUUAUUCCUUAUCUUUUUAUUCCGUGAUGCGGAACCGGAAAUGAUCCUGAGCUGAGAGACACCUGCUCUCUCUCUCUCUCUCUCUCUGGGCUGCAUUAGAGAGCACCAACACCCACAGAGUAAUUCUGUCCCCACGACCCUCCAUCCUCUCACAUCAUGUCUCUCAGCACCAUGCUGUUCUGCUGAGUCUCUCUCUCUCUCUCUCUCUCUCUCUCUCUCUCCUCCACAAUGAGUCGCUUUCUGUCGAAGUUGGACCCCAGGCGUGUCCAGUGGGGGGCGUUCGGCUCCCGUGUCCUCCGCACCAAGCCGGUGGAGUCCAUGUUGGAAAGCGAGAGCAGCACUAAAUUGGCACGUGUCCUGUCCACUUUUGACCUCGUCUCCCUUGGUGUUGGCAGCUGCGUCGGCACGGGGAUGUAUGUCGUAUCUGGGCUGGUUGCUAAGGAAAUGGCUGGCCCGGGAGUCAUCAUGUCCUUCAUCAUUGCUGCUGUGGCCUCCAUCCUGUCAGGUGUGUGUUACGCUGAGUUUGGUGUGCGUGUGCCGAAGACGACGGGUUCUGCGUACACCUACAGCUAUGUAACGGUGGGUGAGUGUGUGGCCUUCUUCAUUGGCUGGAACCUGAUCCUGGAGUAUCUGAUCGGCACGGCGGCAGGAGCGAGCGCUCUCAGCAGCAUGUUCGACUCCCUCGCUAACCACAGCAUCAGCUCCUUCAUGAUCAGCCAUGUGGGCACACUCAAUGGCCUCGGUAAAGGCGAGGAGGCAUAUCCUGACAUCCUGGCUCUCGUCAUUGCCGUCCUCGUCACGGCCAUCGUGGCUUUGGGAGUGAAGAACUCUGUUGGCUUCAACAACGUCCUGAACAUUAUCAACCUGCUCGUCUGGGUCUUUAUGAUGAUCGCUGGGUUUUUCUUCGUUGACAGCUCAAACUGGGAUGAAGGAAGGUUCCUGCCAUUCGGCUGGUCAGGGGUGAUGCAGGGCGCGGCCACGUGUUUCUACGCCUUCAUUGGCUUCGACAUCAUCGCUACAACAGGAGAGGAGGCAAAGAGUCCAAACACCUCCAUCCCCUACGCCAUUACAGCAUCACUCAUCACCUGUCUCACUGCCUACGUCUCUGUGAGUGUGAUCCUCACCCUGAUGGUGCCCUACACCCUGAUCGAUGCCGACGCCCCUCUCAUGGAGAUGUUUUCUCAGCACGGGUUUUACUCGGCCAAGUAUGUGGUGGCUCUGGGCUCCAUCGCCGGACUCACUGUCAGUCUGCUCGGCUCGCUCUUCCCCAUGCCUCGAGUCAUCUACGCCAUGGCGGGGGACGGCCUGCUCUUCAGGUUCCUGGCUAACGUGAGUUCGUACACAGAGACGCCGGCGGUGGCGUGUGUGGUGUCGGGUUUCCUCGCCGCUCUUCUCGCUCUGUUGGUGAGUCUGCGUGACCUGAUCGAGAUGAUGUCCAUCGGCACGCUGUUGGCCUACACGCUUGUCUCCGUGUGCGUGCUGCUGCUGCGCUACCAGCCUGAAAGUGACAUCCAUGGCUUUGUCAACUUCCUGUCUGAACAGGAAGUGGCCAGGAAGAGGGAGAGUGAGGAGAAGGAUGAAUACGAAGAAGGUGAUGAGUACAACGUCGAUGAUGGUGGUGGGUGCAUUUCGACAAACACUUGUGGCGCUAAGAAUCUCCCUUCGCUUGGUGACAAUGAGAUGCUAAUCGGCAAAUCAGAGAAAACCAAGUCUAGCUACGCGGCUAAUCAUCCGAACUACGGCACUGUGGACAAAUCGACCGGGAUCGAGUCUGAUGAGACGGAGAAUGCCUACGUGCAGAAGCUAAAGAAGCUAAUGGGGCCUCGUUAUUACACCCUGCGGAUCCGGUUGGGUCUUCCCGGAAAGAUGGACCGUCCCACAGAGUCCACGGGCCGGACGGUGACUCGAUGCGUUCUCCUGCUGUUCAUCCUCGUCUUCGCCUUCUGCUCCCUGAUCACGUUCGGCGCAGGCUUUAUCGCUGAGGGACGAUGGUGGGCCGUGACACUGCUCAUACUGCUCAUGAUCUCCAUUUCGCUGCUCAUUUUCAUCAUCGUGCAGCAGCCAGAGAACCCGAAGCGUCUGCCCUACAUGGCGCCCUGCGUCCCGUUUGUCCCCGUCUCAGCCAUGUUGGUUAACAUUUAUCUGAUGCUCAAACUGUCCGGCAUCACCUGGAUCCGCUUUGCUGUCUGGUGCUUCAUAGGUGUGUUGAUUUAUUUUGGCUAUGGAAUGUGGAACAGCACGCUGGAGAUCACAGCUCUGGAGGAGGAAGCUCAUGCCAGCACGUACCAGCGCUACGACAUGGGCGUUGAUGACAACGUCGCUGUAGACGAUGACCUUUGCCCUCCAGGAGACUGGAAACCCCAAAGCAGGACCGAGAACCAGAACCACAACUUGGAUGAUGUUCCGGAUCCCAAAAAGUCCUCGUCGUCCCGCAGCAGAGCUAAAAACAAGAACGUAAAAACCGACUUCGAGGCUCUGGUGGUGGACGACGAUCUGGACGAACCUCUGGAAUGAAAAAAAGUCUUAAAAUUGUCGGUCCGUGGCGACAAAACUCUUGGGCUAGAUGGUUCAGUUGGCACUCCAAAGUUUUACUCCACUCACUGACCCCUUUGUGUUUUUAGUUUAUGUUUUUAACCUUAACUCCUGACUGCAAUCGUAGAAAAAUGAAUUCUCUUUCAAAUCGGCCGACUGCAUCCCUUUGCACUUUGCUUGCUCUCUCACACACUCCAAAGACGGACUGUUCGUUACUGCGUUCACUUUUUGGAAUUGCUUUUUUUUUUUCAUUUUAAUGUCUCUUGAGCUGCAGUGAUUUAACGUUUUUAAAUGUAUUACAUGCUAGCUAGCUAAUAAUCAAAUCAGGCGACUUUUGUGAGAAGGUUCCGUCAACAUUCGCAGUUUGCGGCAUUCAGUUAGAAUAAAUUCUGACAACCCACGAACACGUAAAUACGACAGAGGAAAGAGGAAACCAAAAGACAGCCAAUCACACGUCAGAUCUGCUUAAUUAAUGUUAACGAUUAACAUGGCAGGGCGUGGGUCCAUCCAGAUGUGUAUCUGUUUUUCGUUUUGAAAUGAAAAUGAGAAAACAGCUUUUUGUUUUUGUUUAAUUUGUUUCUCUUGACAUGAACUAACACAGAAACAGCUCAUUUUUACAUCAAAUGAUUUUUUUUUAAUUAAAACAUUAACUUGGGUUUAAUUGUUUCCACCUGUUUCAUUACACAGAGUCUAGAAAUCAAAUAUGAACAUUCAUGAAUAUUCAAAAAUGAAAAAGUAUGCGCUAGAAAAUCUGUUUCUGAUCACUGCGUGCUUUUAAAAAUAACAAAGAGGGUGAGGUUAAAGGAGGACGAUGUAGCAGCUGAAACACUCCUCAGGUGGAUUUAUAUCUAUCUAUCUAUCUAUCUAUCUAUCUAUCUAUCUAUCUAUCUA